GGAACCUUAGCUGGAAGGAUCUUUCAACUGUUUUGUAUUAAACAUGGCAGGUGUUGAGUUGCUGUCGGACCAGGGAUAUCGGCUGGAUGGAAGGAAAGCGUCGGAGCUCCGCAAAGUACAGGCCCGUAUGGGUGUAUUUGCCCAAGCCGAUGGAUCCGCUUACAUCGAACAAGGCAAUACGAAAGCGCUUGCAGUAGUGUAUGGCCCUCAUGAGGUUCGAGGCUCGCGCAGCCGAACUAUGCAUGACCGGGCUGUCAUCAACUGUCAGUACAGCAUGGCUACAUUCAGCACAGCGGAGAGGAAAAGACGACCCCACGGGGACCGCAAGUCGAGUGAGAUGAGUCUUCACUUAAAGCAAACUUUCGAAGCUGCUGUUCUCACUCAGCUCUACCCGCGUUCACAGAUCGACAUUUACGUCAAGAUCCUGCAGUCGGACGGUGGGAAUUAUAGUGCCUGUGUAAACGCCGCCACCUUGGCCCUGGUCGACGCUGGCAUCCCCAUGCGUGACUAUGUGUGUGCAUGCACCGCAGGUUUUGUGGAGGACACACCCCUGGCUGACCUGUGCCAUGCUGAGGAGAGUGGCGGGGGUACAACAUUAGCCCUGGCGCUGCUACCUCGCAGCAGGCACAUCGCCCUGGUUCAGAUGGAUGCCCGUCUGCACCAGGACCACCUGGACAUGCUGAUGGAGGCGGCUGCAGAGGCAUGCAGGGGUCUGAGCAAGGUGCUGGACGGAGUGGUCAGGCAACACCUCCAGGAGGUGUCGGUGCUCACACGGGACUGAGGAGAACGGAGACCGUGGGAGGCGUACUGGAUCUGAUCACCUGAGCAUGUUCAAUCUCCUGCACACUCUUUGGACAAGACUUUCUCUCUCUGUCUUAUUGUCUGUGAAAAAGUCCUGGAGAGGGCUGAGUAGGCUAGAUGGACUUGGUAUACCAGUUUUUUGUUUUUGUUUGCUUUUUUAUCUUUGUAAAGUGCUUCUGUGUGCAAAACAAUGACUUAGAUGGUAGUAUGAAUCUUUUCUGAGAUUAUCCUUGCUCCCAGCACACAAAGCGUUCACUGGCUGUUUAGGAAAGACCAGAUUUACAGGAGUAAAUGUAAGGCAGGUCACAGCAGCUGGAUUAAAGCAACAGCGUUGGAGGUCAGUGUGGUCAGAUGCUUUUUUCUUUCUCUCUCUUUUUCAUAUAGAUUUUGUAUUUUACUUUAUAAAUUGUUCAGAAUAUUGUUCAAAAUAC